AUGGCUACACAAUCAAGUGACGAGGAGGAAGCGGACCCUGGCGCCUUCAUGUGGAUCGAAGGUGACUCACUGGCACCGCCUUGUCAGAGCGACCGCGACGUCGUGGCCAAGAUCGUUGAGAUCGCGUGCUUGACCCCCGACGACGUGCUCUUCGACUUGGGCUGCGGCGACGGUAGGAUCUGUAUCGAAGCUGCCAAGCGCUUCGGAGCUCGUGCACGGGGCGUGGAGAUCGAGGAGUUCCUUGUCGAGCGCUUCCGGAGACUCGUCGCUGGUAAUGACUUGCAGCAACUCGUGAGUGUCUCCCAUGGCGACCUGCUGGACGAGGAUCUGUCUGAAGCCACCGUUAUCGUCACGUACCUCCUGCCUGAAGCACUGGAGCAGCUCUCGGCCAAGUUGAUCGAGCUACUGAACCAGCCGGACAAGAACGUGCGGAUCAUCUGCAACACGUGGGGGAUCCGUGAUCUGACCCCGGACGAGCGCCACGACACGGGACCGUACGGGAACGUGCCUCUCUUCGUGUACAGAAGCAGCAGCAGCAGCAGAGAGGGUAAGGAGAACUAG